ACUCUGUGUCCGACUCGGCCCCUCGAAGGGACUCGAUACGCUCCCAUUCGAGCUUCUCGGCAUGGUGAUCGCCUGGAGGACAGAAACGUGAUCUCCCUUCGACAAAUGUCAAGACGGAUCGCGAGCGCAACCUUCAAGCGCAGUCGACCUAUCUUUGCUCGCUGUCUGCGCACACUUCGGACUGACCUGUCGGACUCCAGCAUCACUAAGAUCAAAACCAUCGCCUCAACCUCAGACCUCAAAGACAUCCCCCAAGCCCUGCAAAUCGCGCCCCCAUUUGGACCCCUCUCCGGCAUCGACCGCUCCAUUCUCUUUGACAUGAUCGAAUCCCCCACCAGCAUCCCCACCAUCAACAACCUCAAGGAAUACCUGCAAGCGCUCCCCAACUGCACCAACUUCGAGAUCUGCCUGAACGACAACGACAACGACAACGACAACCUCUCCACCGACGACGUCGUCCGCAUCCUAUUCCACCUCUUCGUCGAAGCUGGCCGUCACCCCAAGCAACUAACCCUCUACUCGCAGUGCCCUUCUCCCCCCGAGACCACCCCCCAUGACAUCCGCCAGUAUCACCGCAUCGAAGCGCACCCGGAUCUCUCCCACGCCUGGACCAACCUCCACACUCUCACCAUCAGCGAGCCCUACACCGAAUACCUCUACUCAUCCCUCGACUUCAUCUUCCCCCGAAUCCUCCAUCACGCGCACCAUCUCCAGCGCCUCGUCAUCAUCGGGAACGCUGAGAGCGGCGACUCCGUUAGAUUUCUAGAGGCACUCAACAAGGCCACGCCCAUAUUCGGACCGAAGCAUAUAGAGAUUCGAAACUUUCAUUUCCGGGAUACGGGCUUUCAGGACUGGGUGAAGGAGAACGGACAUAAAUUGAUCUCGUUGGCUUUUUCUGAAGUGCUCGAUGGAAUCGGGGCAUAAUUGGGAUGAUAUGAUGCUGUAUGUGCUGGCGUAUUGUACGGUGUUGGAGUCGGUUACUCUUGAUAAGAUCUGGGAUUUGUCUUGUCAGAGACAAUUUAGUCAUGCGUUUUCGGGUCCGGAGAUCGGGGGUGAGUUGGAGUGGUUGAGGACGAGGUUGAGGGAGUGGGAUCCUGCGCCGAUGGCGCCGUUGGAGAUUGAUUGAGUAGGGAGUUGUUUGGCGGAUGGCUGGCCUUCGUGACAUUGCCGUAUAUGUUUG